UCCUCUAUUCCAUUUGUUUCCUCUCCCCUCCUCUCUCUCUCUCUUCUCUCUCUCUCUUCUUUGCGACAAUCUGUCUCCAGAUUCCGGCCACUGUUCGUACGGCCUCUCCUCUCCAAUCCAAAUCUUUUCUUCUUUUUCUUCCUUUUAAUUUAUAAUUUAUAUUUAUUUAUUUGGUGGGUCCUGAAUUUUUCCUAAUUUCCUUUUUAUCCCAGAGUCGGUUUUCUUUUUACUGUGAAGUUACCGUUUACCCCCUUGAUCCUGACGUUUUGGUUUUUACUCGCCAAACAUUUUUAUUUUCAAUCGCAUUUAUUAUCCUUUCUUUUUUUUCUUCCUUGGAUUUGUGGUGCGCGUUUUUCAUGAACUGCUGCUGCGCACGUGGCAUGCACCCGGAUUGCCAUCAUCAUGAACACCAAAACGAUGCGUUUGCCACCUCGUCGGAUUUCGACGACCAAUGCGUCAAAUAAUACCAACAACAACAACAAGCGCAAGGAGAAGGAGAGUAGCUUCGACGCGCUCCAGAAGACCAAGAAUCUCAAGCCGGCCCCACCGCCCCAAGGCAAGCCGUCCCAGCCGGCCCCACCGACCGGACAGCUCCUGGCUGGCUAUCUGGCGCACGAGUUCCUAACCAAAGGCACCCUCCUCGGGCAGCCGUGGGACCCGUCCAGAGCCGAGCCGGCUCCUUCGGGCGUCAGCGGCAGCAGCAAGAUCGAAGCCGAGCCGAAGUUGGAGAACUUGGAGAGAUACGUGGAAGUCGCUGAUUUGCUGAAGACGGAAGGGGCCCACUUGGCUGGCAUUGUGAACCCAACUCAGCUCGCUCGGAUAUUACAGUUGUGAGGGAAAGGAGAGAGCUUUGUGGGGGCACGCGUCGACUGCAAGGUUAAAAUAUCCAUCUGGCAUUUUUGGCUCCAACAUAGAAAAUAGGAUUUUUGUAGGGGGCAAAAUGCAAAAAGAAAAUUGUUAUGUAGUUGCAGGGGCUUUUAGGUAGGCAUCACCUUAUUAAUGGUGUAUCUCUCUCUCUUGUCAUCCAAAUGUACGAUAAAAUUUCUUAUUAAUUUCACAAAAGAAAUGGGAAAUUUUAUGAGAA